AUGUUGAAGAAAUGGGCAAAGCCUUUUAUCGCGGUUCACGACAAAGAAGAAAAUGAAGAAGCCUUAGGGAAGAAGACGGAGAUGGGCGAACAGACUCUCCGGUUUGAUAGAGGCGGCUCAAUAGUUCAAGCCUGCCAAGAAAAAUAUAUUUUCACAAACGAGCAUUGA